AUGGAAGCCGCUGAAAAUGCUACACCGCGCGAGAUAACCGCGUCGGGGCUCGACUUUCUCUCCCUCCAUCCGUUUGUUCGCCAAACCGUCCUGGAUCGCAUUCGAGGGGCGGUUUUCGGCGCCGCUUUAGGCGACGCUGUCGGAUUAUACACCGAGUUCUUGUCGCGGGAUAUGAGUCUGGCGGCCUAUCCUGAAGGCAGAUUUCAGCUUGGGACUUGGACGGAUGAUACAGAUCAUGCACUCCUUAUUAUCCUCUCAUAUCUCCAUUAUGAUGGAAAGAAGCUGUCCCCUUUAGAUUUCGCACAUCGUUUGCGCUUCUGGUGCGAGCAGGGUCUACGGUGUCUAGAUAGGUUGCCCCUUGGCCUGGGCCGAACCAUUGGAAGCAUUGUAACCGAUCGGAAUUACCUUAACGAUCCCAAAGCCACAGCUUACAACUACUGGGUGAAGGGAAAGUAUCAUGCUGCUCCGAACGGGUCACUGAUGCGGGCGUAUCCCCUAGGAAUACUUUGUCUCGAGAAGGCUGUUGAGAUAACUUUUCACACAGCUGCAGAGUACUCCGUGGUCACCCAUGCAGAUCCACGGUGUGUUGUCUCGUGCUGUUUGGUGACAGGAUUGAUUCGUGGCUUGCUUCGCGGGCAGGUCUUUACAGAAUCCGAUGUGGACGCAUUUAUUCCUCAAUGUCUUUCGUGGGUUGAUCAGUGGAUAGAGGAAAGGUCCUCGAAGGAAGGGAACGUGGGCGACCCUCGCCUUGACCAUGAAGAGUUCUACCGACACCUGAAGGUAAAGCGAUUUGAUGAGCUCCAGCUAGACGACGCAAUGACCAUGGGAUACGUGUACAAGACGCUUGGAGCAGCGAUUCUAUGCCUGCGGUUGGCUUUGCGGCAUUCAAGUGGUUCGACGACUACCGAGAUGAGCCGAAGCGCCGCGAAAUUCCCAAAUGCGUUCGAGAACUUACUUACCACCUUGAUUCUCCAGGGUGGCGAUGCAGACACGAAUGCAUGCGUGGCAGGGGCUCUCCUGGGUGCCCUUAUGGGAUUCAACAGCUUACCUUCACAUUGGAGAGAUGGAUUGGCUCACUCCCAAUGGCUAUUAAAUAAAUGCGAUGCGUUGAUCUCCGUUACCAAGGUCAAUAACGAGACCUUACCUUACAAGGGAAGUGAGGAUCCGGACACAAGUUUAGAUGGAGGAAAGGGAGUGUUGACCAGAGAGGAAUUGGAAGCUCGGGAGAAAGCUUUUGUCCACGCCUAUAUGGCCAGGUUACAUCUUGGCAGGGACCAACCGGAGAAGGGCUGGUUGAAGAAGUUGUUGAAACAUGCGCAAUGA